AUGAGUCGCGGUCGCGGUCGCGGGGCACGCGCGCCCGCCCGGCCCCCAGCGCCCGGCUCCUGCGGAUGCUGCUGCGGCCGCCCCGCCGCCGCCGGCUGCCUGCUGCUGCUCCUUGUGGCGUGGGGCGCGACGGCGGCGGUGAGCGCGGGGGCGCUGGUGGCGCUGGCGGCGUUGCCCCCCUUCGACUACUGGGAGGCCACCGGCGACGGCGACGGCCCAGCCGAGCGCAGCGAGUGGAGCGUGGGGCCCUGCACCUUCCAGAUUCGGGACGUUUGUCAAGACCAGGCUGUCUUCUCCCCGCCCGUCCAGGCCAAGGCGGUGACGGUGACGGUGACGGUGACGGUGACGGUGACGGUGACGGGGACGGUGACGGUGACGGUGACGGUGACGGUGACUGUGACGGCCGGGCGCUGCACGGGCGAGUUCCUGGUGGCCCUGGCGCGCCGCCUGCCGCAGCUCAGCCUGGCGCGCGUGCACGCCGUGGGCUUCAGCCUGGGCGCGCACGUGGCGGCCUUCGCCAGCAACGCCGUGCACGAAGCCACGGGCGCGCGCCUCGGACGCAUCACGGGGUUGGAUCCAGCUUUACCUCUUUUUGCAACGUUGAAAAAAACUUGGAAACUUGAUGCAAGUGAUGCAGACUUCGUGGACGUUCUUCACACUAAUGUAGGAGUUUUUGGAAAAAUAGAAGCUGUGGGGCACGCGGACUUCUACUUCAAUGGCGGAACAGUGCAGCCAGCAUGUUCAGAUCACCAAAAUGUUCCACUGUGCAGCCAUUUGUUGGCAAAUAUCUAUUUUGCAGAAUCUAUUGAGUCAGAUAUUGGCUUUUGGGGAACUCAAUGCCCCAGUUAUUAUCAGUAUGUGGUGGGAUGGUGUUCAGUACUUGACAGUGGUUCAGAGAGAGUGAUUGUGGGAGAACAUUGCAAUUCUAGCACAAGAGGAGUAUAUUUUGUAGAAACUGGAAGUACACCUCCAUAUGCACUGGGAUGAUAUGCCACAAAAGGAUAUUCAUCAAAUUUUCCAAAGAAAACUCAGGAUCUCAACUGAAUAAUUAUAAAUAAAUAUAAACAAUAUU